CAAAACCAGGUCCUCUCAAGAUGGAAAAUAUAAACAACACAGUGCCUCACACGGAUGUCUUAUUAGAAAUACGAUGCGGCGGUAUGGUUGGAAACCCACCCGGUAACAUCACGUGGUAUCGUCAGCGACGUCAAGACAGCGGUUGGAUUCGCCUCUGUGGCGAAAACAUCAACCAAACGGAACCACGACUUAACAGAACAUCAUGUCAGUAUCAUCGAAGCAGUACCCUUCAUUAUAUAUUAACGAAAGUUGAUAUCGAUUUAGUCAUCAAAUGUUCCGUCAAUAAUGGCGUCGAUGGUAAUACCGUGGAGGUUACGGGAGAGUUUGGUGUCGACGAACUGGGUGUCGAGGAAAUUGCUGGUAUAACCGCUGGCUGUUUACUUGCAGCAUUGAUAUUAUUAGGGUUUUGUUGUUGGUGUCAAAGGCGGAAACAGUAUUCAGAGGAUGACAGUGACGAUGAAGACGAGAAACAAAGAAUGGAACCCGACUCAGAAAUUUCAAUGUCCAAAAUGCCAAAACCUAAUGCUCGAACCAAACGCAAAUUCACCAACGCCGAUGACAAGUAUUCUAUGUAUAUGAAUACUCGUGCUGCGAGUAACCAGUCCCGGUUCGGCACUUCCCAGUACCCAGGAGUCGCAUCAAUCCAAUUAGGGUAUGCUCAUUUAUGAAACUAUAAUGACCAC